UUUCACCCCUUGCUGGCUGGUCCCACCCCGCUAGCGGCAGCCUAGUCCUUGCUACAAUCGAGCAGUGAACCGUUGUUUUGCAAUUACAGCUGCAGCUACAAACACGAUCCUACAUCGAUUUUAAAAUAACCGCAUCGGACAGACAUCGAGCAAACAUGACAUCAGUGGCAGACUUUGAGAAGGCAGCAGAGGACGUAAAGAACUUGAAAACAAGACCAUCAGACCAGGAGCUGCUGGACCUUUACGGCCUCUAUAAGCAGGCGGUCGUUGGAGACGUUAACACCGAUAGACCAGGAUUGUUUGACAUGAAAGGAAAAGCCAAGUGGGACGCCUGGAAUUCCAGGAAAGGCAUGUCCAAGGAUGACGCCAUGGCAUCUUACACGGCACUCGCAAAGGAAAUCAUCAGCAAAUAUGGGCAAUGAAUGCAAAAAGAAAUGAUCACAUUCUUUACUCAAUAAAGGACUGAAGCGAGGCUGCCGUCUUAAACUAAUAACACAUAGCCCUCUGCUCUCAGAGGUUGUAGUCACGCUGUUUUUUAAAUUGCUCUUCUGCGUGUAUUUUGCAUCUCCAUUUGAAUCAUAACAACGUCCAUGCGCCUUUUUAAUGUGAAACUGUAGUGCUUGCCAACUGCUACUCGACUUUUGCUUUUGUGUGAAUGUUAUAAUGCUAACGUGUGGUAAUUUUCUCGACAACGGUAAAUAAAACUUGAUUAGUCAUUAGAACAGAAAGACUAGAAAUUAUAUUAAAUGUUCACUCUUUGAAAAUAAAACAUCUGCACUACU